CUCGAGGAGUAAGUGUCGUUUGGCCAUCUUGGCAACGUGGCGCAGCGAAAAGGAUUGGAAGGAGCGUGAGCGUGAGAGAGGGAGCGAGAGGUAGAGCGAGUGUGUAUGUUUGUCUGUAGGCAAGAGUGAGAAGUGACUAGCGCUAGCUCGACAACGCGGAUUCGAAAGUUUGAACGCGCCCCCCAUCCCCCAACCAACAGCAGCAGCAGCAGAGAAGGAGGACCCUGUGCCAAUUUUUCGCUUUUCUUUGAAUCGCGCUUCAAUCGAGGUUGCCGUUGCAGAAAUUGGAAAACGCUGCUGUUCGAGGCUGGAAAAUUGGCCCCCGCAAGAAGUGUGAGGCUGUGUGAUUUUAUCCAACACCGAAUUUUAAGUUUCCGGCCACGCUGCCACCCCGGAAGCCUCCUAUCUAACUCCCAACACCUGGCCGUGGUGCGGUGCCGUAAGAGUUUUCCUUCUCUGCGAAAUCCAACGGAAAGCUGCCUCCCCACUCCACCCAGUCGAGGACGAGGAGAUUACAUCGCGUUUCCGUAUGUGCUCUGCCCGGUCGCUUACGCAUCACCACCGCCGCCACCACCACCACCACCACCACCGUCGUCGCCGUGCGUUCGUCGUUUCGCGAGAAAAGAUCUAUCACCUUCGACGACCACCACCCCCUCCGUGUGCCAGUUCCGUGAACCAACGAGAAGCGAGCAAAUCGUCCAAUCUGUGAUUAUUCGUUUCCUUUCUUUUACGUUGCUGCUAAAAUCCUGGCUGAUCCCCCCGCCCUCGGUCUGUGUUAUACUCACAAAAUAGUGCGCUUAAAAGUGAUUUACGCGGGCCCAAAAGUUUCGUUUCAUUUCGUUUGCCAAUCGCAUGAGCAGCUGCAAUUUUCCAAGCAAAUUAUAGGCCCGUGCCCCGGCCACUCACCAGCCAGCAGCCAUUUUUGAAAUCGCGCACAGUCCUGUGUUCCCGUGUGUUUGUGCCCGCCCUGCUAGCGUGUGUUUGUGCGCUCGCGCUCGUGCGUCCGUCGUGUGAACAGGAAGCACACCAACCAACACACCAAACGCGACGUGAACGAACAACACGUAAGCACACGUCGACGAAUGCGUGUGCGUGCGGGCGAUUCGUAACCAUCGUACGUUGUAUGUGCGGGCUCCGUUGUGCGUUGCUUUUGUUCGCUCGCUCCGUGUGUGUGCGCGUGUGAAAGGUUCCGUUCCUCUCUUUUGUUUCAUUCGUUUGUCCUUCGCUGGCCCUGUUCAAGCGACACCACAGCGCCACCGUCGCCAUCUGCAACAAAAGUGUGUGAUCCUUUUGAUUCCGUGAAUUCAACUCCAGUCCAACCGACACCCACCCACCCACCCGCAAGUGGUCUCUUCUUGUCCCAGUUUACCUUUCGGUUCGCGCUGUGCUUUGUGAGAGCUUCUGCUUUCCGUCGAAUAUCCGGUUCCGCGUGUUGAACCGUGACGCAGCAGUUAAAGAGGAAGAAGAUAGGAGAAACUGGUACGCACGACGCACGAAUUUUGUGAAUGUUAUUCGCACGUUGCGGGACAAAACAGCAGUACAAAGGGAAAACGACGACGACGACGACGACGACGACGAUCCGUUGCCACGCCGCCACCUCGGAAACAGCCAAACAGCCGCCUACCAAGACGACGAAUAUCCCCAUCAUCAGCAGCAGCAACCUGCGUCGUUCAUCAUGAGAACAGAGGUGAAUUCGGCGGCCGACUUUGUGAUGAAUUUGCUGCGCGUCCGGAAGGCGAACCAGCUCUCGGAGAACCAGCUGCAGCACUUCAAGGGUUCGCUCGAGCAGAUACUGACGCGCCACUUCCAGCGCCACUGGUACCCGGAAGUGCCGACCAAGGGGUCCGGUUUUCGCUGUCUGCGGAUCAACGGCAAGAUGGAUCCGAUCAUCGAGAAGGCGGGCCACGCCGUCGGUUUGAAUGCGGUGAUCCUGCGCAAGCUGCUACCGCUCGAGCUGACCAUCUGGAUCGACCCGGACGAGGUGUCGUACCGGAUCGGUGAGAACGGGACGAUCUGCGUGCUGUACGAUAUCGCGCAGAGCCGGGCCAGCCCGUCGUCGGACCUGGAUUCGACGGGCAGCAGCACCGGGAUGAGCCCGUGCGAUGAGUUCAUCAUGGAGCGCGUCGGACGGCUGGAUCUGUCCGUCUCGUCGGUGGACAGUGGUAACGGUAGCAGUGGUGGUGCGAUCGCCGACUACUUGGAGCACAGCUCCUCCAACGGCAAGCCGCACCAGCAGCAGCAGCAGCACCAUAACAACAAGUACAAUCACAACAACCAAUCGAACAACCACCAUCAUCACCAUAACCAUGGCAACAACAACAACCAUCAUCAUUACGCUAAGCAGCGUCACAGCAACAGCAUGAGCUCGUCCUCGAGCGGACAAACUAGUCCCCCGUUGAGCCCACCGUACGGUGCGGCCAACGCCGCCGCCGCCGGCUAUCUGAACUAUCAGCAGCUGGCCAGAUACCAGCAGCAGCAGCAGCACCAACAGCAGCAACAGCAGCAACAGCAACAACAGCAGCAGCAGCAACAGCAGCAGCAGCAGCAGCAUGGAAACAGCUUCUAUCCAUCGGCAGCGGCCGUCCACCAGUCCCAGCAAUACUUCCACACUUGGGACAACCAGUUCGUCAACAACAAAGUGCGAACCCAAUGCUAAGCUCGCGCGUGCGACAACGACGACGAGGACGCCAGGAAGGUGCCCCCCGAUCAACAUCGAUCACACACCAAACCACCCACGACCACCACCAGCAACACUACACCACCACCGCCACUACCUAAAAAUGCGUUUAACUUGAUGGCCGCAGCAUUAUUACCCACCAUCUCUACUCAUUGCUACCACCACCGGAGGGUAUGACGCGUAAGCUUGGGAACAUCAUCGCAGGGGUGAGAAGAGGAGACGGACGGACGGAGGGAGAGGAAGAAGAAGAAGCAGAAACGGAUCUCUUAUCAUCCAUUAGUACACUCGGGAAUGAGAGGAAGGAAGGGGACUUACCGUGUGUUGUUAAUGCUGCGGUUCGGUUUUUACGUGCCGUGGAAGAUCGCUUCAGGGGAUUAUUGCAAAAACACGGGAGAGAGCGAGGGAGGGAAAGAGGAAGACGGUGCGCGAAGGAAGAGGAAGAAGAAGAAGAAGAACAGUGUCUGUGUCUCAUGCACAUAGUGAUCUCACGACGAGAGAGAUCUUUCAUCGUCGCCACGCCAAGAUGAAGGAAGCAGCAGCAGCAGCAACAGCAACGCCAGGCGCCACCAUAUACUACGCGUAUGAUAUGGUGGUUGCAGGAUGCAAAACGAAAGCAGAGUUCCUAGCGGAGAAGAUGUUUGAGUGUGUUGUGUUAUACAUCCAUAAGAAAAGCAGUGCCGGAUGCCGACGAGGACGAGGACGAGGAUAACGAUGACAACUGGCCGACGAGAGAGAGAGAGAGGACGAAAGUUGAUCGAGUUGUGAUUGCAAACAGGACGACGAUGACGACGAUGCGUUGCGAUAUGAUGCGCGGUGUACCUUUAAUCGAAUAAUUUACCCACACAGUGCAAAUCCUAGGCUAUGGUUAAAAGUAAUAUCCAUGUUUUUUUUGUUCAAACUGACGCAAACGAAAGACAAAACCAACAGUACAGGCAGAAGCAACAGUAGGCAGAGUAGCGAGCGAGCGAGCGAAAGGCACGGAAAAGGAGAAGAGGAGUUGUCCAUUCGUUUCAUGGUGAUAUUUCAAGGACAGGGAAGCAGCAAGCACCGCGCGCCGUCAGAAGUGAUCUUCAAAAAAAAAACACACACAG